GCACUUGGGGUUUAGAAGCUCUUGGGUGGAGGUAAGCAGGUUACCAAGGAAGUGGAAUCUGAAAAGCCCAGGGAACUGAGUGCCUAGAGCAACUUUCCUGCAAUAAAGGUCAAAGCUGCCGCAGUGGCUGCUCCUCCCCUCCUGUGUGGAGGCACCAAGGUCUACAGAAGGACUGGUGAACUGUUCUCAACAGGGGACACCUUUGUUCACCAGGAGACGUUUGGCAGUGUAUGAAGACAUUUUUGUUUGUCACAACUGAAGGGGAGGAGCUACUGGCGCCUCAAGGCAGAGAAACCAGGGGUCCUGGCAGGAAUUCUCGGUGACUCGGCCAGCUCACCUGAGCUGCCAGGAGCCUGAGAAGAUGAAGGUCUCCAUGGUCCUUUCCCUCAUUGGCUACCUCGUGGUCCCAAGUGGCGGGGCUAUCAUGGGGCGCUGCGUGGUGGCUAAGAAGCUCAAAGAAGGAGGCCUGGAUUAUUUCGAGGGCUACAGCCUUGCAAACUGGGUGUGCCUGGCUUAUUUUGAGAGCAAGUUCAACCCCACGGCCGUCUAUGAGAACUUCCAACGUGACUACACCGGCUACGGCCUCUUUCAGAUCCCCAACCGUGACUGGUGCGACACAGGCGGGAACCGCUGCCACGUGUCCUGCUCCGCUUUACUGAAUCCAGAUUUGAAGAAGACAAUUGAAUGUGUUAAGAAGAUCGUAAAAGAAAAAGACGGGAUGGGAGCAUGGCCCUCCUGGUCCCUGAACUGCCAGUACUCGGACACUCUGAUGCGGUGGUUGGAUGGAUGCAGGCUGUAGCCACAGGGGCGGCCCUCACCUCAUUCUCUGGCGGCACCUUCCAAAUAAAGAUGCUGUUCUGUUUGCUGCCUUCACUUGUUCCUGUUGAUUAUCUCACAGCUUGAAAGCUCCAUCGGAUGGCAAAGGACAAAAGUUUGCUUCCUCCAGGGAUGCAGGAUGCAGAAUAAACCAGCUGCUUACUCAACCUGGACCAAA